AUGGAAAAUGUGAGCGAAGCAAAGCUGGUUGUUGGCAUGACAAUUAGAAGAAGCAAAAAGGGUCUCAUGCUGUCACAAGAGAAAUAUUUGAAGAAUGUUCUUACAAGGUUAAACAUGGAUAACGCGAAACGCUUUAGUAGUGAUACUCCAUUUGCUGGUCAGUUUAACUAUCCAAAGAUCAAUCAUUAUCGACAACGAGAUGUUAAAUAUGUAACAUUAGAUAUUAUACAUGCAAUGGAAGUUACUAGCAUAUUUCUGAGUAAAUUGGAGAUCGAGAUAUAUAGAGACAGAACGAAGGAUCAAAUUGACAUGUCUGUUGUUGAUGAAAUUAUUGUAAACCUUCGCAACCUCAUCAGCGAGAGAGUUUAUUUACCGGAAAUAAAUUGGAAGUUUAAAACCGAACCUCAUACAUCUACAAAUUUUCGAACCAAAUGUCUGCCAUGUGACUCGAGGAACCUAGGAAAAACCUAUGAUUGA